CAUACACGUAAUAUGACUGAUUUUAUCGCGAUUUUGCCUCCCGAAAUCAUUCAGUACAUCUUCUCGUUCAUCGGUCAGCGGGACUGUGUCGAAUGUGUGAAAGUAUGUCGCCGCUGGUUUUACGCGAUCCACACUUACCAGACAGCCCUGUGGACACUGGUGGAAAUCUCGCCUGAUGCAUGGAACAAAAGGAGCGACGCGAUGCUUCAAUGUCUGGGACAACAAGUCAAAUCAGUAUACAUCAAAUCUCAAGCCACGUAUAAAGUACUGGAACGACUUGCUGGGCGAGGAUGCUGCAUCCGCGUCCUUGAAAGGAAACCAUCGAAUGAUGGCGAGGAAGGCAGUAUGGCUUAUGAACUGGUACUCAACGGCAAGGGUCACGAGAGGAUCAUGCCUAUAGUGCAACAAAUUGAGAUCUUGGAAAUUCGAAAUCGCGCUGGAACAACGCAGCAUCUGAACAGCAUUAUCACAGCCAUUGGUACGCUGCAACGGCUCCGUUUUCUUUUCUUGCGAAAUUUCCUUCACAUGUUCAGCGAGAAUCCUCUUUGCGACCUUUCUCCGCUUCGCCGUUUGCAACAACUUAAAGGACUGUGUCUCACGAACAUACCCAUCAACAACCAAGGUCUAAUGCAGUUGUGUGAACCAUCACAGCACCCAGUAGUCAGGAGACUAAGCUUGAGCCGCACAUCACCGUACACUGCGAAAGGUGUUACUGAUGCCGUCCUUGAGCAUUUUGCACGAGUCGAAAGCUCGGUGCUGUUGCGUGUUUCACGGAUCUAUAGUCUCACUUAUGCAGGCAUCGAAGCAUUUCGUAUCAUUGAAGGAUCUACAGUCGUCCAAGCGAGCAAAUUACGGCACUACUACAUUACUACUGAAGAAAUCACUUGGGAUUAUGCACCGACAGGUCGAGAUAACCUGCGAGAUCUACCACUUGACGAAAGUUCAGCUGCCUCUAAAUACUGUUCACAAAACAACAGCCGAAUAGGUCGAGUAUAUACCAAAGCAAUUUACAAGCAGUUUCUAGAUCCCGAGUAUAAACGAGCUGCACCACACGAUCCAGUGCUGGGAUUCAUUGGGCCCGUUCUGCGAGCCGAGGCUGGCGAUCAGUUUCGUAUUCAUUUCUGGAAUCGGGCGAGUCGACCAUACAGUUUACAUCCCUAUAACGGCGACCUAGCGUCUAAAGCACCGCCAGGCAUGGCCGUCGAACCUGGUGAGAAAUUCGAAUACGUAUGGGACGUGCCCGAGAAUGCGACCCAUGCAUUGUGGGCGUACAUGUCACGCGCUAGUCCUUUAGCGGACGUACAUGCCGGACUACUGGGCCCUGUAGUCAUCUAUGAAGCCGGGAUGCUGCAACGACCGACACCCGGCUCACCAGAAAAGCCCAGAGACGUGGAUCAAGAAGUAUUCACGUUCAUGACGAUCACGGACGAAAACAUGUCGCAUUAUCUCAAGCAAUCAGCCGAAGCAGCAGGCGUUGCCUUGGUGGACGUUGACGGGGAUCCGGGGUUCAUGGAAUCAAACCGCAUGUAUCAUAUCAACGGCUUUGUGUACAACAAUAAUCCUGAACUACACGUAUAUUGGGGUCAACGUGUACGAUGGUAUGUCCUGUCGCUUGGGCUUGGUGACGAUGAUCCACAUACGGCGCAUUGGCACGGCGCGACUUUGCUUAACAAGGGUCAUCGUGUAGAUGUAGUUGAUUUGAUGCCAAUUAGUUUCCAAACUUUGGAUAUGAUGCCCGACAAUGAAGGUCAAUGGCUGUUCCAUUGCCAUGUAACACAACAUUUCGAUGCGGGUAUGACGGCAUUUUAUCAAGUUGAAAAAAUAGAGUACACGGGUGAAGAGGGCUGGGACCCUCUUAAAGAUGAAGGCUAA